AUGUCGUCCCUGUCUAUUCUUAGCACGCUGGGUCUCCGCGCCGCUCCUGGCCAGCAGCAAGUGCCCAACCAUGCGGCCGCCUACUUGAUCGCGAACUUCCUCUUUGCAUACGGCGUGCUCAGCACUCGGCCAGCCAAGCGGAUUCAUCGAAUUGACCACAACACGGCGCCACGCGAGGACCUGGCCAAGUACGGCGAGGCAGCGGUGCAAUCGGGGAAGAUCAGUCGCUCGACGCUGAACCGUCUCAAGCGCCAGGAAGCAGCGCAUGCCAAUUCUGUCGAGGGGUUCCCGUUGCUUGUUGCGGGCAUCCUCCUCGCCGUUCACGCUAACCUCCCGGCCGAAACCAUCAACGGGAUCGGAGCGUGGUACACGCUCUCGCGCGUGGUGUAUGCCAUCAGUUAUGUGUGGAUCGAGUCGGAGACGUUGAGUUUCCUACGAUCGGUGGCCUGGUGGUCGGGGAAUAUCAGCUGCAUCACGGCGCUGGUGCUGGCGGGGAAGAAGCUCUGA